AUGAAGCUGGUGACUGUCCUCAUGCUGGCUGCCCUCCCCCUGUCCUGUUAUGCCGGUGACCUGCUUUUGUGCACUUCCACCCCAGGCUCUGGCUGCCCCCCUUUGGAGGAUGUGAUUGAAAAGGCCAUUGAUCCUACAGUGGACGAAACACAGUACAUCCAAGAUCUUCAAGAGUUCAUACCAGAUGAUGCCAGCGCCAAUGCCCUAAAGGAAGUGAAGCAAUGCUUUCUCAGCGAGAGUAACGAAACUCUGGACAACGUCAGAGUGAUGAUGGAAACAAUAUAUGACAGUAAAUGGUGUGCUAGGUAUUAACUUCCCACCAGACCUUUGGCUCAGACUGCAGAGAUGUCAGAAACCGGCUGUCAAUGGGUGGAAACCACACCAAGCUUUCUUUUUUGUCUUUUGAUCUUCAGCCUGCAAGACAGUUGUUGAAACAUCACAUACAUUUUCAUUUCAAUAAAGAAGCUGCAAACCUAAA